AUAUAUGUUGGCAAGUCUUUUGAUACAGCAAGCAUCAACUGAGCCAUGAGAUUUCGGUCCAUACAACUUCUCCAUGGCAAGUACGCAUCAGGAAACACUACCAAAAGCGUUAUGCUUCUUCCAUUCGUUGCGCUUCUUAUAUUCAUCUUCUCGUUGUCUCUCAUGAGAAAUUCACAUCAAUCAUCUCCUGAGAUAUAUGCUAGCAGUUUGUAUGUGAACAGCACAGAAAUGAAACAAUGCAACAUCUUCUUUGGAGAAUGGGUUUCUUAUAGUAAAGGACCUUAUUACACCAACGAGACUUGCCCUUUGAUCAUAGACCAACAAAAUUGCAUCAAGUUUGGGAGACCUGACAGAGAGUACCUCAAAUGGAGGUGGAAACCCCAUCAAUGCGAACUUCCACUCUUUGAUGCAACCCAUUUCUUAAAACUUGUCAAAGGAAAGUCCAUGGCCUUUCUUGGAGACUCAGUAGGAAGAAAUCAGAUGAAUUCAUUGUUGUGCCUCCUAAAUCACGUUGCACGUCCGGAGGAUAUUUCUAAGAGAUACACUACAGACCCCAUAUAUUUCCGAAGGUGGUUCUAUGUUGAUUACAAUUUUACCCUUGUAACACUUUGGUCCCCAUUUUUGGUGAGAGCCAGUGAUGCUGACCUCAAUGGUCAUUCUCUCAAUAGCCUCAUGAGCCUGUAUCUAGAUAAGGCAGAUGAAGCAUGGACUAGUGAGAUUGAAAACUUUGAUUUUGUCAUUGUCUCAGCUGGCCAAUGGUUCUUUCGGCCACUUGUGUUCAUUGAAAAUGGACAAGUUGUUGGGUGCCACAAGUGUGAACACGAGAACAUCACAGACCUUACUCACUACUAUGGCUACAAGAAGGCAUUCAGAACUGCAAUGAGAACUAUUGUGAAUCUCAAAGGGUACAAAGGGGUGACAUUUUUUAGAACAUUCUCCGCAGCUCACUUUGAGAAUGCUGAGUGGAACAAAGGAGGGAGUUGUGCGAGGACAAAGCCUUAUAGCAAAGAAGAGAUGAAGUUUGAAUGGUAUAUUCUAGAGACAUAUAUGACUCAAGUGAAGGAGUUUAUAGCAGCAGAAAAGAAAGCAAGAAAGAGGGGUUUGAAGUUUUUUAUGCUAAAUACAACUGAAAUAAUGCUGUGGAGGCCUGAUGGCCAUCCCAAUAACUAUGUCUAUGGACAUACAAAGAACCAUAAUGUGACAUAUAAUGAUUGUGUUCACUGGUGCUUGCCUGGCCCUAUUGACACAUGGAAUGAGUUUUUAUUCUAUAUGUUGAAAAUGGAAUGUCAGAAAUCUUUCAUUUCAUCGUUACACAGAUUUGUCUAGAACAUCAGAUUUGUCGUGCUAUACACUUGAAUGAUACUAUUUAUUCUUUUGUUGAAGGUUGUGUGCAAAGUAUAUUGUACUUCUUUCCUGUAUUUACAAACGAGAGGUGAUUGAGAAAUGGGCAAACUAAAUGUAUUUUAGCUACAAUUGAUUAUUGAUUCUUGAACGAAAAUAAAAAGCAAUUUGUGUAUA